GCAGACUCCUUACCCUCCUCUCUCUAUGCAGUUAACCAAGACGGGGGAAUAUGCCGUGAUCCACAACCAACCCAAUUUAGUUAUGGUUGGCAUUUUGUCCAGCCGUCCAGGUUUGCUACUUCCAGACAUGAUGGUCAUUGCCCGGGUGAGAAAAGGCAUCAGAGAUAUAGAGGCAAAGGCUAAAGACCUGGAAAUCACUAGGUGAGACUAGCACAGCCACCCAGCUCCUGUUCUCCAUCGCCCCAAAACCUUCCCAGAGAAACCACCACCACCACCACCUCAGAGGUUCCUAGGCUGAGUCUUUCCUCUGCCCGCAGGCUGAUCUCUUUAAACCUGGUGGCGUUUCAAGUGCAUAGCAUGAAUGAACGGCAGCUGAGAGUGAAGAUGGCGAAUGGCCGGAAAUAUUAUCUGCAACUCUGUGCCCCUGCAGGGCAAGAGGACAUCAUCUUUCAGCGCUGGCUGCGUCUCAUUUACGUCUUGAAUGUGGCCAAUGGCAGGAUCAGUGAUCCAAUCAGCUUUACGUCAAAGCAAUCCGGGCUCCACACGAUAUGGAAGAGCGCUAGUUUUCGUGCUACGCCUGAGAAGCAUUGGCUUCAAAUUGUCAUGGCUGAAGAAGACUCCAAUGAAAUGGUAAAGGAGCAACUGCGUGAAGCCAACCUGGUCAAAAGCACGUCAAGAUCCAUGGAAAGUGUCCCUGCUGCAAAACGUACCAUCCGAAAAUCAGGUGUUGCUGGCCGCUCUGCUCAAGAAACCCGUGGAAUCCCAGCCAGGGAGGGGCACACUUCCAGAUCACCACCAGCCACUUCUGCCCCAAGAUCUCCCACCUCAGUGGCCGCUGGACCUCGUGGAGUGGGUGCUAAGGCAGCCGCGUCUAACCCAUCCAGACAACUCAGCUGGCAUGAUCGAAUGACUUCUGGGGAACUGGCCACUUUGGCUGCUCCUUCUAAGUUUGGGAGUCGGAAUCGGAGCAGCCCCUCACGUUCACAGACAGCAGGCGUGAAAUCCCCAAAGCCAAGCAGGCCACAGACUCCUUUAAGCCCCUCCCCAGAGCAGGGGCGCCCCCCUUCUCAAAGUCCAUCCUCGAAGGGGCGCCCCCCUUCUCAGAGUCCAUCCCCGAAGGGGCGCCCCCCUUCUCAAAGUCCAUCCUCAAAGGGGCGCCCCCCUUCUCAGAGCCCAUCCCCGAAGGGGCGCCCCCCUUCUCAGAGUCCAUCCCCGAAGGGGCGCCCCCCUUCUCAGAGUCCAUCCCCGAAAGAAAAGAAGCCUUCUCUACAACUCCGCACAGAUGUGAAGUCCCCAAAGCCAAGUAGGCCACAGACUCCUUUAAGCCCCUCCCCAGAGCAGGGGCUCCCCCCUUCUCAGAGUCCAUCCCCGAAGGAAAAGGAGCCUUCUCUACAACUCCACACAGAUGUGAAAUCCCCAGAGCCUAGCAGGCCACAGACUCCUUUAAGCUCCUCUGCAGAGCAGGAGCGCCCCACUUCUCAGAGUCCACCCCUGGAGGAAAAGGAGCCUUCUCUACAACUCCGCAGGACAAAGGCAUCGCUGGCAGUGGGACCUUCUGAUCAAGGCUGGGAUAAUGCGGAUGUGAGGCCCUCCAAAGCAGGUGGCCAGAUGUCAAGACCUCAGAGCAAAGCACUGGAAACAGAAAAGCAAAGUAGAGAUCUAGCUAAGCAAAUCCAGUCCAGAAGCGCCACAGGGAAACCACACAGGAGCAAUAAGUCCAUGAGCAAAUUGGGGAAGGCUCUGAGUUCAGUGAGACAAAGAAGCAGCCCUACUUUCAUAACCAUCUAUAGCGUCCUGUCCUCAUCGCUGGAGAGAUUGAAAGGCAAAGGUGAUUACAAGCACUGGACGAGCCCCGGCGAGCUUACCUGUGUCUUGCGAGCCGCAGGUGCUGGCAGCGGCAGGACGGUGCGAAAGGGCUCUGGAGAAGGGCUGGCAGCAACAAAGCCCGAAUUGAGCCUGCUUACAAUGGCGGGCACUGGAGCACUAAUGCUGCUGCUGCAGCCCCCUUCCUCUCGGCUCUCGGCAGAGGCAGGGAGAAGCCAGGAGGAGGGAGGGAGGAAGAAGGCGCCGCUGUAUGCGCGUGCUGGCACAGCCCGAACGAUCAGAUCCACGCUGAUCCACACAGUGAUUCCCGGAUAG